CGCAAAUGUAACUGGUAGAAAUAGAGAGAGAGAGAGAGAAAAACCUCUUUGUGAAAUGUUAGUGCGUCUUCAGCAGGGGUGUAAUAUGGGACGGAGCAGCAGGCGUCCAUGAAAACAGUCAAAAAUAAAAAAAAUAAAGAAAAGAAAGUAGGAUCAUGUAAUAUUGAUGGAUCCAGAGUUGAGCGGUUGCCUUGGGUAAGCGAAGACGACUGACGCGCGCCGAACCAGCCGCAUGUGAUUUCCAGCCUCAGUCAUUUUGGCAGCACGAUGCGAGAGAGAGACAGACACGGAGCUGUGAAACUGGACCCUCUGCCAGAGAUGUCGACGGAGAGGAAUCCCUGAAACCACCGCUGCCCAGGAAAUAUGGACAAAUCUGGUUUUGUGUGCGAGUGCGGGCUGUUUUCUGUCGGUUUUUUGCACAUUGCUACAGUGUAGUGGACCAGGAUGCCGUGUGGGCGAUGCUGCCACAAGGGAUACAUUGUGAUUUCGCAGAGAUGUUUUAGCAACCGUUGCAUAAAUUAAAAUAAGAAAAAAAACAAAAAACAAACCCUGAGGGAUCAGAGUCCGAAGGGAUCUAAAAAAGACAUCACCACCUGUUACCAGAAAACCAGCCCUCGAGUGGUUUUAGCUUCAGAAUGACACCUUAGCCACGUCCUCCUCCUGUUCCUGCAGCACGGCCACCGAACACGGACCUCCGGCAAAGAAACCGCGCUACAGGACAGCUCCAUUCUGCUCCAUUCUGCUCUCCAGCUCCAGAUCCACCGGGAAUAAUCCUGCAACUCCUACAGCCAGCCUGGAGAAGUGACAGCACUGCACUCCCACCGCCCAACUCCUGACAGCCAUGAUUCGGGGAGGCCCUCUGCUGCGGCUCAGAUCAGGGAUCAGCUCGCCGCUCGAUGGCUAGACCUCACCGUCCUAAGAGCUGGGGGCCUUUCUGCUGAGUAUCCCUCACUGCAUAGUAGCACAUGGAUUUCAAGACUUCAAAUGAAGAGACAAAGACUGGGAUUUAUUUGAUGCAAGAAGGUAAUGAGGAGCCGUUUAAUAUUCGACUACACUUGGCCAAAGAUAUUCUGACCAUUCAAGAGCAAGAUGUCAUCUGUGUGUCAGGAGAGCCUUUUUAUUCAAGUGAGAGGACUGUAACGAUCAGGAGGCAGACGAUUGGAGGGUUCGGCCUGAGCAUCAAGGGUGGAGCAGAGCAUAAAAUCCCUGUUGUGAUUUCAAAAAUAUCAAAAGAACAAAAAGCUGAACUCUCUGGGCUGCUCUUUAUUGGAGAUGGCAUCCUUCAGAUAAAUGGAAUAAACGUCAGAAGCUAUCGCCACGAGGAAGUGGUCCAGGUUUUGAGAAAUGCCGGCGAAGAAGUGACUCUCACGGUUUCCUUCUUAAAGAAGACUCCAGCCUUUUUGAAACUGCCACUGUGUGAGGACUGCACAUGUAUUCCCAGUGACCAGAGUAGUGGGACCUCCUCCCCUCUGUGUGAUAGCGGCCUGCACUUGAAUUAUCAUCCCAACAACACGGACACGCUGUCCUGCUCAUCCUGGCCCACGUCCCCGGGGCUUCGCUGGGAGAAGAGAUGGGUGGACCUGCGCCUUAUUCCUCUGCUACAUUCGCGCCUGUCGCAGUACAUCCCUGGCUCUGACGUCUGCAGGAAAAAUGCUUUCCAGGUCAUAGCUGUGGACGGAGUUUGCAGUGGAGUGAUACAGUUUCCUGCAGCUGAAGACUGCUUGGACUGGCUUCAGGCAAUAGCGAGCAACAUUUCUGGUCUCACCAAGCACAAUGUGAAGAAGAUUAACCGAAACUUUCCAGUUAACCAGCAGAUUAUCUACAUGGGCUGGGUUGAUGAGAAGGAGCAGGACUCCGUUCAGGAUCGAAUGUAUUCACCAAAGUUCCUCGCUUUGAGGGGUUCCUCACUCUUCAAAUUUUCAGCACCUCCUGUGACAACAUGGGACUGGACCAGAGCAGAGAAAAGCUUUACCGUGUACGAGAUAAUGUGCAAGAUUUUAAAGGACAACGACCUUCUGGACAAGAGGAAGCACUGCUUCAGUGUCCAGACGGAGACUGGGGAGGACAUGUUCUUCAGCGUGGAGCUGGAGUGCGAGCUGCUGAUCUGGGAAAAGGCUUUUCAGAUGGCCACGUUCCUGGAAGUGGAGAGGAUACAGUGUAAAACGUAUGCGUGUAUCAUGGAGAGCCACCUUAUGGGACUCACAAUUGACUUCAGCAUGGGCUUUGUGUGCUUUGAUGCUGCUUCAAAGGCAGUCCUGUGGAGAUACAAGUUCUCCCAACUUAAAGGAUCAUCUGAUGACGGAAAAAGCAAAAUUAAGUUUUUAUUCCAAAAUCAAGACUCCAAAUCUAUUGAAGCAAAGGAGCUGGAGUUCUCGAACCUCUUCGCCGUGCUUCACUGUAUUCACGCGUUUUUUGCUGCCAAAGUUGCUUGUCUGGACCCGAUGUUUGUGGAGAGCCAAGGCACUGCGACUACCACUGGGAUUCCUUCUCUCUCCAGCCUCUCGUGUAAUUCACAGACACCAACACUGAAGUAUACCACUUGACAGGUGCUGCAUCCUCUGGACCCCUUGGAAAAAGAAGCUGCACUUAAUCAUGAACGUGGUCUAACACGGUGGACAGGAGAGCUGGCAGGAGCUCAGACUGUGACACUAUGGACACACUGGUGGAACUAGAGACCUCUUCAUGAGGGACUCUGUUGAUAUCCCUGCAGAUUUCUGGACCUAAACAUGAACCUCUACUUUGAAUAACUUGACAAGAUGGACACAAAAUGUGUGAAAAAUGUUUUUAAAUGAUUUUGUCUUUCUCUUGAGCCUCAGACAUCCUUACUAUGAACACAUCAAGAAAAAUGCAGUUCUUUUCCCGAGUUAGUCUGCUUUUCUAUGUAAUUUUACUGAAAAUCUAGAGUUGAAGCAAACUAGAUUUUAGCCUUUCUUCCCACUUCAGAUGGUACAUGACUUGAUAAGGAUAAUUGUGGACUCUGGAUGAGAUGAAAUGUGUUAUUCUGAUGACAUGUUUCUUUAUUUGGUAUGUUUUUAAGGUGAACACUUUUAUUCGUAAUUGAAUUUUCAGUCCACCACUUUUUUUUUCCACAGGUUGAGCAAAACUAAAAGCUAAAUGGAAACACAGGUCUGAUCUUAUAAAACAAAAUCUCUUCAGUUUUGAGUAAAUUUAAUUACAUGGACGUUUUGCUGGCAGCAUCGGUGAACUCAAUUAAUGCCUUAGGCUGUAUUCUGUGUCUUUUUUUCUUUAUAUGAGGUAAGAAUUAUAUCUGUCUCCUGGAUUACUGGAUAGAAUGGCUGUAGGAAAGAGUAGUUUCUAUUGUUGGAUGAAGAAAGACACUUUGGUUACCAGCUUCACCAUCAACACCACCAUAGUCUGAGGGGAAAAAAAAGCACUCUAAACGUGAUUAGAAACACCUUCCACCAUGUUUAUAGCAUUUUUUUCCCUAAACUUGAUUAUGUAAAUAAACACUGACAUUGAAAUGAACUCAAAGAACUAUGAAUUACGGUGAUUACUUAAGGGAUUACUUGUCGGGAUUAUGGCAUUUGUUAAUUUGAUGUGCACCCGAGACGACUAGGUAGAUAGCUCACAACCGUGUGCUCUCUUCAUCAUUUACUCUAUGGACCAAUCUAGAAGAGCAAAAUCAGCUAUGGUAUAUUUUUGGAAAUUUUUAUCUUUUCUUUGACCUCAGCUUGUAAAUAUAAUAGAGAACAAAACUUUCCAUUGCCAAAUGAGAAAAUACUGGGAGGAGAAUAUAGAAAUAUGUAGCAUCAUGGCCUCCAAAGGUUUGAGAUAGCCCUUUAAACUUCACUCUGUAUUAAACUGUUUAUAAAAGCUGCCGAGUGACAAACUAUCAUUCAAAAAGAGUUCAGGUCAAUUAGCGCAAUUAGUCAUGCUCUUACCUUCCAUUUACAAAGAGGAGUCCAAACAGAAGAGGCCCGUGGGUAAGUAAACUCUAGAGGAUAGCAAAUUAAAUGGGGUCAGUAAAGUGCUUUGUACUGUGCGGCCUUGUUAAGCUGAUACGAGUGUCUGAUGGAAACUAAUGGUGGUGCAGUCUAUGCAAAGAAAGUCUGAGUGAUGCUUAUGUGCUUUAAAAUUACCUUGGUCGCAUAUACCCUUAUAACACAGGAUCUAGAGAGUGAGGUUGAUUUUAUUUUUUGCAGAUGUUUUAUUAACAAAUAUGCUGUGUAAUAAAUUAAUAAAUGAGACCUUUUAUAUUGUG